GUACCAGUGUACAUAGACUAUUGGCAGCCAGGCUACCUUAGCUCGACAUGCUGGAAUUCGACGCCUCCUUCUUCUAUCUUUGACAGCGUCCACUUGGCAUGCAGACGGGCCCUAGCAAGUGCUGCCCCGGAUAGACAAAUCAUCCGUCAGCGACAUGCACACUGCUCCAAUUGCCCUCCGCCGCUUGGACCGGGAUGCAUUUCAGGCGGCACGCAGGAUCUCAGCGACCAGAGAUUGGCGAAGCAGCCUGGUCUCUCAGCCGCCAGCGACAGGGACGUGGGCAGUGGGGGUCGGUUGGAUGGCGAACAGUAUCAAACUCCGUACCUUACGGAUACAAUGUCUCCUUCAACUCGAUGAUGCACCGCACCUGGCUACUUGAGUCAAUAAAGUGCCCGAAGCAACGACGCAAAGAGGGGAACAUGUUUCUUUCGACGCAACUUCACGACUCGCUGCGUCCUCUAUCCAUGCACGCCUGUAUCCCACGUCGAAACUCGGAGAAGAACUCUAGCACUGCACCUGCUAUAUCGUGGCACACAUAUUGGAGCGUUUAUCUCCUCUUUCUUCUGUUGAUGCUCUACCUAGAUCCCACCCCUCCCGAAUCCGUAAUCCCUCCCCAAGCCAACGAAAACACCGCCGACCUCCCCGGACCCUGGUCUGACCAACCCUUCUGUUCACCACUUCCCCAGACUAUCCACAUCCGCAGCUCCCUUCCUGACUCGUUACUGGGAUUCCCAUCCGUCUUCGUCUUCGACAACUCUCGACUUGGUCUGCUUCCCCGCAAAUUUCGGGUCUCAACACCAGCCGGCCCCAUUUCGCACGCGGAUUUGGUGCUUGGCCAGAUAGAUCCCCAGUCUGCCAGAUUAGCCCUCCCGCUAGCAACACAACAACAGUGAACCGUUCUCUGGCCACGCAGUUGGCUUAUCUUGGCAGCCAGUCCAUCCUGUGCCAGCCUGCCCGGAUUUUGCAACCGUCC